AUGGCAUUCAAGGUAUAUAUACUGGCCGCUCUUGUGGUUGUUGCCAUCGCCCGUCCAGAUAAUCCGCCUACAUAUGGCUACUCUGCUCCCACACCCUCUUACGCACCCGCCAAGUACGAUUUCAACUACGCCGUAAACGACCAGUCAUCAGGCAACGACUUCGGACAUCAGGAAGCCCGCGAUGGUGAAAACACGCAGGGAUCCUACUACGUCCUACUUCCCGACGGUCGUCUGCAGAGGGUCACCUACACUGUCAAUGGAGAUUCCGGUUAUGUAGCUGAUGUAACCUACGAAGGAGAGGCUCAGUACCCCACCCCACAGGCCUCCUAUGGUCCUCCUCAGCCUUCCUAUAAGCCACCUACCCCCUCAUAUGCUUAA